UUGGAGGAGUAGUAGUUCCCGCCUUUCAACGGAACAUUUUCAACACAUCUCUCUGAUUCAUUCUUGUGAAUCCAUUUUCUCUCUUCUCUUCGCGCUUCGCGUUGAUUCAUAUUCAUAUUUUAGGGUUUCUCUUUUCAUUUCCAUUCUCAAUCGUUUUUCUCAUUUUUUAGGGUUUCCUCAUUUCCCCCUUUCCACGAAUGCGUUGCAGAUUCCAAUUACUACUCUAAUUAUGCAACAACAACAACGUCAAUCCAAUUCUGUUCAAAUUCCUCAACACAAUUGGUUGAAGCAUGUUAAUUCUCACAAUAAUUUCUCCUCCCAACCGCAGUUUCUCACUUCCAAUUUCCUCUUUACUCUUCCAACUAACAAACCAAUCGACAGAGCUGCUACUACCACGUCUAUAGUCCGACAAGGUCAAAACGUUCAAAGUUCACAAAGAGCACAGGUUGAUAAGGCCUGGUCUGCUCUUUCAAGGCUUCAGUUAUCCAGCAGGAGUUAUGUCCCAAUUGGAAAAUCUGUUAAAGUCACUCCUCAGUUUCAUGAAAACAGGACAACAACUUCCUUCCAAGGAAGCUAUGAGAAUAACAAGCUUAACCAUCCUGAUGUUGCCGCAACUCCAACUGUCAUUAAUCAUACUUCUCGGGUUGUAGAUAGUUUAGUGAACAAUCACACAAAGUACACAGGCCAAACCAACGAGUCUACAAAAUGUGUAGCUGAUACUAUUAAUAUUGAUGAUGAUGACAUACUUGAGAGCAUGGAUCUUGACCAAAUUGUUGAGAAAUACCAGUCCACUUGCACUCCUCAACCUCCAAUGUCCAAGUUUCCUCCUUUUACUCCAACGGCAGAUAAGGAUAAUUUUGCCGGACAAGGGGAUACUUUUUUGCCACCAGAGCUGUGCUUGAAUUGCAUCCACGGCUACAAGUUAGGGAUUUGCCCCGAAGCAGCAAGUCAUUUGCAGGAAUUCAAGGAUAAUCUUAUUGCUAUCUCUAAUGAACUGAUCGACAAUGUUGAAAAUCUCAGUUCUGUGCAGAUAGCAAAGCUUCGCCAGGACAGGUCACAGCUGAAUAACCAAAUUCAACAACUCGAAAAAUAUAUUCAUUCCAGUAACCUUGAAGAAGAAAGACAAAAGUCGAAUUUUGUUACAUCCAUGGCACCACCUACGUCUUUUGUGUAUGAAACACCCCAACGGAAUGUCAUCAGUAGUGGACCUGUCAUCAGUAGUGGACUAAAUAGAUAUGACGACCAGGUUUAUAUGGAUUAUGGUACGUAUGGGACAUCAUACCAGUCUUCAUGCGGCAUGCCAUCAGGUCCAGUAGAGAGGGAACCAUUCAUCCCAAAGAUUAUUGAAGUUAAUUACAUUGAAGGUUCUGGAGAUAAACGGUGGAGCAGCCGGGACUUUUCUUGGACUAAAGAGUUAGAGGUUAAUAAUAAGAAAGUAUUUGGAAAUCACUCUUUUCGCCCCAAUCAAAGAGAAGUCAUUAAUGCCACAAUGAGUGGGUGUGAUGUUUUUGUUUUGAUGCCCACUGGUGGAGGAAAAAGCCUAACCUAUCAGCUACCAGCUCUUAUUAAUCCUGGCAUAACAUUAGUAAUUUCUCCCCUUGUGUCCCUUAUUCAAGAUCAAAUAAUGCACCUAUUGCAGGCAAAUAUACCUGCUGCUUACUUAAGUGCAAAUUUGGAAUGGGCUGAACAGCAGGAGAUCCUUAGAGAACUAAAUUCUGAUUACUGCAAAUACAAGUUGUUAUAUGUGACUCCUGAAAAGGUUGCCAGAAGUGACGUUCUUUUGCGACAAUUGGAGAGUUUACAUGGUCGUGAGUUGCUUUCAAGGAUUGUAAUUGAUGAGGCUCACUGUGUGAGCCAAUGGGGGCAUGAUUUUAGACCAGAUUAUCAGGGACUUGGUGUAUUGAAACAGAAAUUCCCAAAUACUCCUGUUUUAGCUUUAACAGCUACAGCAACAGCUAGUGUAAAAGAAGAUGUUGUGCAAGCACUUGGUCUUGUUAACUGCGUUGUUUUUCGGCAAAGUUUUAAUCGCCCAAAUUUAUGGUAUUCCGUUGUCCCCAAGACCAAAAAGUGUUUGGAGGAUAUUGAUAAAUUUAUCAGGGAAAAUCAUUUUGAUGAAUGCGGCAUCAUCUAUUGUCUUUCACGAAUGGACUGUGAAAAGGUCGCUGAAAAAUUACAGGAAUGUGGGCAUAAAUGUGCAUUUUAUCAUGGGAGCAUGGAUCCUGAUCAACGUGCUCAUGUUCAAAGGCAAUGGAGCAAAGAUGAGAUCAAUAUAAUUUGUGCUACCGUGGCAUUUGGAAUGGGGAUUAACAAACCUGAUGUCCGCUUUGUAAUCCAUCAUUCCCUUCCAAAAUCUGUUGAAGGUUAUCAUCAGGAAUGUGGACGAGCUGGUAGAGAUGGUCAACGUUCAUCCUGUGUAUUAUAUUAUAGCUACAGUGACUAUAUUCGAGUUAAGCAUAUGUUAAGCGUAGGAGCAGUAGAGCAAAGUAACAUGACAUCUGGUUACAGUCGUUUUAAUGCGACAAAUUCAGGGAGAUUACUGGAAACAAACACUGAAAACCUUUUGCGCAUGGUCAGUUAUUGUGAAAACGAUGUUGAUUGUCGGCGCCUUAUUCAGCUAGUUCAUUUUGGGGAGAAGUUUGAUUCUUCAAACUGUCAUAAAACAUGUGAUAAUUGCGUGAAGAUCACAAGUUUCGUUGAGAAGGAUGUCACCGAAAUUGCGAAACAAUUGGUUGAACUAGUUAAGCUAACGGGACAGAAGGUCUCGGCAUCUCACAUAUUAGAGGUGUAUCGUGGUUCCUUAAGCCAGAUGGUCAAGAAACACCGGCAUGAGACUGUGCGACUUCAUGGUGCCGGGAAGCAUCUAGCAAAGGGCGAGGCUUCCCGUAUAUUGCAUCAUCUUGUUGUUGAGGACUUUAUUGCGGAAGUGGUAAAGAAAAGUGAUUUUUAUGGAUCUGUAUCAUCAGUGUUGAAGGUAAAUGAGCAGAAGGUCCGUAACAUGUUGUUUGGUGGGCAAAGAAUUAUAUUGAGAUUCCCGUCUUCUGUGAAAGCAUCAAAGCCUGGUAAAUGUGAUUCAAUUUCAGCCAAAGGUUCUCUGGCAUCUGCGAAGCUGAAUCUUCCCAUUGACAUUCCUGACCAACCUGAAACUGAAAUAGACUUGGAUCUAUCAGCUAAGUUGUACACUGCUCUGCGGAUGUUGAGGACAACUCUUUGUAGAGAAGCUGGAGAGGGUGUUAUGGCUCACCACAUAUUUGGCAAUGCUACGCUGCAGCAGAUAAGCAAGAAAUUACCGAGAACAAAGGAAGAACUUCUUGAUAUCAAUGGCAUUAGCAAGACUAAAGUAAGCAAGUAUGGGGAUCGGUUACUGGAGACCAUUGCGAAAACCAUAAAUGAAUACUACAAUACGGAUAAAAACAGCAGCGGCAGCAAAGGCAGUGUGGAUUCAGCCAAAAGAAGACGAGAAGCAAAUAGAACGCCAGAUUCAAAUGGUGAGGAUGAUGAUGCCUUAAUCAAAAGUACUGGUCGCUCCAAGAAAAGGACGGUAAAGAGACAAAUUAAAAAGGCUGAGAUAUAUGAAUCAGAAGAGGAAGACUAUUACCAUGGAUGCCUUGACGAGGACCUAGACUGUAUCGAUAUUGACAAUGUCGUAUUAGAUAAAUUAACUGGUACAAAUGCUGCAGGAAGAGUACUACCUCAAUGGACAGCAUCAUGAUAUGGUGUAUGUUGUUAUCUUAGUAUUGUAUUAGGUCCUUCAGGAUAUGAAUGUUGUGAUCGGGCUUUUCUUGGAUCAGCCUUCCAGUAACUUAAGGUUAGAGUUUUGUUCCAACAAGGCAUUGUAUUGGAAGAAAAAUAGCAAAAGCAGAUGUAUGAGAAAAACUGUGGAUAACUGGAUGGUUAUGAAAUAGUAUAGCUAAAGAUAUAUUUUUUUUUUUCCAAUUUACUUCUGGCAAUCAGUGCUAUUGAUGCUGGUGAAAAUGUACGAGUUAGUGAUAAUGUAUAUAGUAGGUUGUCUUGAUUAAUUGGACAUUUCAAUUAUGCUAU